GUCCGUCGCACCGUCAGUAGUACAGUACUAUUCAUUGUUAUCGGCCGGUCGGUCGCCGCUGUCGUGUCCGGGAAACAGGUGGUGUUCCGAGUGUGCUCGACUAUUAUAAUAAUAAUUAUAAAUAAUAUUAUUAUACCAUGUUAUUAUUUUUAUAAUUACUGUUAGUACCUAUUAUUAUAAUUAUAAUAUUUUUAUUAUUGUUGCGUGUGUGUGUGUGUGUGUGUGUGUUUGUGUGUUUUCCUUAUCGCGUCGUAGUUGUUCCUUCGUUGCGCCGUCGCUCGCCACUCGCCACUCGUCAGUGCACGUGCAGUGUUCCCGCAGAAUAGUGUUUGUUCGCCCGUAGAGUAAAGAGUUAUUUCACUGUCGUCCGUUCAAAUUCGACUGUAGUGUGGUUUGCUCCAAACCGCGUUCGUGUUUUGCACUGUUCGUACCUCGUUUCGCGUUUUCCUCGUCGGCGUCAACGGCGAUUUCCGUUUCGUCGGUUUGCAAUUGACAUACCUUAUUUUAACUGUAUUGUGACGUAAUAACACAUUUUCCGACCACUUAUCUUCAAAGGAAAAACCCGCCGUGGCUUGUCGCUCGGGGCACGCCUAUAUACAUAACAUAAUUGAAUCGGACGAGGGAAAUGCCACCGUCAACACCUGCGCAACCUUCGCCACCGUCAUCGUCAGACGACGACGCUGCACGACGAUCAAUUCGGUUCGAGUGAUCGCGGUGCCCAGGAGCAGGAGCAUUUCGGACGCCGACGUACAAUAUAAUAUAAUAUUUUGAAUAUUAUUGUCGCGAGAGCUGCCGCUGAAAGGCAUUUCAUUUCGUUUUUGUUUUUCGAAACACACGGUUCCUGGCGACCCGCUCUCCUCCACACGUACCGUAACCCGACUAGCCCACUCCACCCCGUCGCCGAUCGUUUCGGCGUUUGAUUUUUCGGGUGCGCCGCCCACCGGCGCUGGAGAAUCGCGUGCGGGCGCUACGAUUCCCCCGUGACGCGUCGCGCAACAAGAUGUACGCCGCCGCCUACGUCGUCGCAGUCAGAACGGCCGCCGCCGCCGCCACCGCCGCCGCCGCUGUCGUCACAACAAACGUCGUCAUCGCCACUGCCGGCACCGCCGCCACAGCAGUAACAAUCGCCUCAGUCGAGUGUCGUCGGAGGAGUGCAGCGCCACGCGUUCUCCUCGGUUCGCGAUGAUCGGCGACGCAGCCGCUGCGUGUGUGCCAUGUGACGCGUGAUUCAGCCGCGCGGCAGUUCGACAGAAAGUAAUAACACUGUGCUAAUAAUUUGUGUACACACGUCCGGUUGAAUCAGUCGGUUUUCGUUGAAACACGGCCGGCAGGAGGUACUCAUAUGACAACAAUAAUAUUAUUCCUACCCGUGGGUAAUACUGUACAUACUUAGGUAGGCAUAAUAUUUUGUAAUAUUCUUUUGAUUGUCGUUCUCGAGUGCCUGACCGGAAAUUAAGGGUUUGAAAGUGUCUCAAACCGCCGCCGCGGUGCAGCUCAACGCUCUUUAUUAUAUUAUAUUACACUACUCUCGACGGACAGAUGAAGUACAAACGACCUUUGCUCAAAAAAUGCCGUCCAUGAACGGGUGGUGGACCGCGUUCGUCUGGCUGUGGUCGCUGUCCGUCGCGACCGCGGCCGUCGAGGAGAAGAUUUGCGGCAACAUCGACGUGCGCAACAGCGGCGAACGCUUUUCCACGUUGCACAACUGCACCAUCGUCAAUGGUUACGUGCAGAUCGUGCUGCUCGACGCCACCAAACCGUCCGACUUCGACAUCAGCUUCCCCCUGUUGCGCGAGAUCACUCAGUACCUGGUCGUGUACCGCGUGGCCGGCCUGUACAACCUGGGAAAGCUGUUCCCGAAUCUGAUGCUGAUCCGCGGCUCGCCCAGCCCGCAAUUCCCGGGACUGGCACUCAUGAUCCACGACAACGUCGACCUUAGGGAGAUCGGACUGUACAGCUUGACUAACAUCACACGGGGUUCCGUGAUCAUUUCGAAAAAUCCCAAAUUGUGUCACGCGACGACAAUCGAUUGGGGACAAAUCGCCAACGGAGUGAGCAACGACAUUAACGUGAUCAGUAACGACGAACCAGCGAAGUGCAACGGAUGCUCUAAUCUUGGCUGCCCGGAAGACUUGUGCUGGUCCCACGAAGUCGGUCGGUGUCAGUACGGCAAGUUGAACGGAUGUCAUCCACUCUGCGCUGGUGGUUGUGACGAACCGCACUCUGCCAAGCAUUGUUUUGCGUGCACUGCGUACAUGCACAAAGGCGAGUGCAUCCGGGAAUGUCCAUACGGCCUGUACGGUCACAUCAGGUCGUGCUUAACCGCAGACGAGUGCCACAGUUUGCCGGUGACCAGAGAGGAAUCGACACCUGACGAUCUGAACACCCACUACAUCCCGUUCGAACGCGUUUGUCGCGACGAGUGUCCGUACGGGUUCCAGGUGACCGCGGACAAAAGAAACUGUACGCUGUGUACGAAAACGAGACUCGGACACUGUCAGCGGAACUGUAACAGUUUUAAGAUCAGUGACGACAUGUUGAGAAAGAAUUACGAAUACCGUUUGCACACCAAUUGUACAACGAUCAAAUCUCUGGAGAUCGAAGUCAAAUAUGGGACCAGCGAGGACGUAGAACGUCGAUUAGAAGAAUACAUCGGAAAAGUAGAAGUUAUUUUGGAUCAGUUAAAAAUCAUACGGUCGUAUUCGCUGAGCUCUUUGAACUUCUUGCGGAGCCUGUACGAAAUACGGGGUGAAAAUACUGUUAAUAAAAUGGCUUUGGUGAUACGUGGCAAUAAAAAUUUACAAAAACUUUGGACUACCAGUGAAAACGAGACCCGCCCCGUUAAGAUAUUGAAUGGUACAGUGUCUUUUCACUACAAUCCUAAGUUAUGUAUGUCAGAAAUAUAUAAAUUUGGAAACUUGUCUACACUACCUGCAUUCUCAGAUAUAGAAGUGUCAGUUAUAUCUAACGGUGAUCAGUUUGCAUGCACCGUUUAUAAUUUACAAGUAGAAACCGUUAAAAUUGAUCCACAGUCUAUUGUUUUACAAAUGCACAAACCUGUGGAAGCAGAUAAUUUGGAAAGGUUUCUUGUGUAUUUUAUCGAAGCAUCUAAAUGGAAUGAAACCAUCGAAUCAACCGAUUGCGAAGAUUCUAGUUGGAAAAUUGAUGAUAUAAGUUCAAAAAAAGCUUUAAAUGAAACUGAAAUCUUCCAUGUCAUUACAAAUUUAGAACCAAACACAGAGUACAUUUAUUAUGUAAAGACUUACACUAUUUCUUCCAAGACAAGUAUGAGUAGUAUAUUUCGUAAUAAGACUCUUCCAUCAAAGCCGUCCUCUCCACAAUAUUUUAAUGCUCAACCAGUGUCAAGUUCGGAAGUGGAACUGACAUGGAAACCUCCUUCACAUCCUCAUGGAAAAUUAGUCAAAUACAUUAUCAAGGGAAUUCAUUUAACCGAUGACCAAGCCAUGUUGGAUGAACGUAGUUACUGUAGAAACAAAACGUUUAAUGGGAAUGGCAUUACACACAAAUCUUCCCCAUCAAUUAUUAAACCAUCAUCUGAUGAUACAUGUGAAAAACAGUGUGAACCACAAAAGAAUAUUGUUAAUAAUGUAUGCAACACUUUUGAACAUGGCAUAGAUGUGGAUUUAAUUUCAUUGAACAAUCACAGGUACACGUUUGAAUCGUGCAGCAGUAACAUUAUCAACAUCUUUAUUAAUUCAAAAUGUUUGGCAAUCCAAAAUAACGAUGAUUCUGUUUUUCCAAGUAUUGUAAAUACUUUUAUAAAUGAAAACUGUACAGAAAUGUGGUCAGUCAGUAAUAUGUUGAACAAUGUUACUCAUAGAGAUGGUAGCUCAUCUUAUUUCCAGAUUCAGUUAAAUGAAAAUGUUACAUCAUUUAAUCUUAGUAACCUUAGGCAUUACAGUCAAUACUUACUGUCCAUAUUAGUUUGUAGAGAGGUUGUCCAACAAGAAUUAAACCUAAGCAGUAUCAAUUCUUGUAGUCAAGAGACAUUAAUAUCCUUCCGGACUAUGGAAAAUAAGCAAGCAGACAUUAUUGAUAGCAAAACUGUACGACAUGAAGUUGUGAAUAAUCACACAGUUAAUAUAUUUUGGGAGUCACCAAAGCUUAUCAAUAGCAUAAUACAUAGUUUCCAGCUGCACUAUAAGCGUUUGGAAGCGCCUAAUUUUGUUUCUGUGUGUGUUACUAUGAAGGAAUACGAAAAUGCUGGCCGAUCAUAUGUCUUCAAGAACAUACAACCUGGUGUUUAUCAAUACAGAAUCCAAGCUGUUUCAUUGUACGGACCUGGGCCAUACACUACUGUCAAAGAGUUUAAUCUUCCCUAUCCAGAUGCAUUUAAUAGUUGGCACCUUAUUCUCAUAAUUUUUAUUUGUGGUUGUAUAUUAAUUGGAUUAACAGGUGUUAUUAUUCGUACACACUUUAGUCGUAAAAUUUUAGAACGUAAUGCCAUGUUUAAUCUAGCCAACAAUCCUGGCUAUGUUGGUAUAUAUCUUGAAGACGAAUGGGAGUUACCCCGAGAGGACGUGGUUAUACUAAAAAUACUUGGUAGAGGGACAUUUGGCACAGUUCAUGAAGGCCUGCUGAUGCCUCAAUCUAUACCAUGUGCUGUAAAAUCUGUAAGCAAGACAAAUUUUUUGAGGUAUCAUGCAGAAUUUUUGAAUGAAGCAGCCAUAAUGAAGAAGUUCAGUGAAGCGUACCAUAUAGUGAAAUUGCUUGGUGUAGUGACGAAGACCCACCCACCACUACUCGUAAUGGAACUCAUGGGUCGUGGUGAUUUGAAAAGUGUAUUGGUGAAGUGCAAGAAUUCAGAUGAUCCACCUCCACCCAAUAGAUACACCAUCAUUCGUAUGGCUGCACAAAUAGCUGAUGGUAUGGCGUUCCUAGAAUAUAAUAAAUUUAUUCAUCGUGAUUUAGCAGCCCGAAAUUGUAUGGUGGCUAAUGAUAUGACAGUGAAAAUUGGCGAUUUUGGUAUGAGUCGACAAAUAUAUAAUGGUGAUUAUUAUCGCAAAGGAAAUAAGGGUGAAAUGCCAAUACGAUGGAUGGCUCCUGAGAGCCUUAGUGAAGGUAUAUUUACCAGCCAGUCAGAUGUCUGGAGUUACGGGGUCGUGAUUUGGGAAAUGAUGACGCUGGGUGCACAACCCUACCCAGAAAAGAGCAACAAUGAGGUCAUGGCACAUGUGCUUGACGGCAACUUACUAAACUUGCCGAUCAUCUGUCCCGAUGUGUUAGCUGGUAUAGUUAGACUGUGUUGGAAUUGGACUGCUUCCCAACGACCAAGGUUCCUAAAGAUAGUCGAAACACUUGAUGUUUAUCUGGAUGAUGAUUUCAGAUCAGUUUCGUUUUAUCACACUAAUGGUUUACACAAUGAGUCACCUGCCGAUCAAUCAUUGAUGUCUCCAUGUACUACGUACGAAGAAGAUAUCGAUAACGAAAGCAUUAGUUUCGAAGGCGGUGACACUGUUGCUGUAUAUAGUGCGUUCCAUGUAGACAAAAACAAAAUGAGUAAUGGACAUUUAUCUCCAAUGUAAUUUUUAGGGUCAAAAAUAUUUAAGUGAAAAUCAACGUUACCAGUAAAGUCUAUUUAAAAAAAUAAGUGUUUUUUUAUUUUUUGUUUUCUUUAUAAAUAUUGUAUAAGCGGUUCAAACUUGUCAUCUGGGUAACCGUUUUUGUAGACUAUUAAUAUUUCGUUGUUAACUUUUUUUUAUGUAUAAUUUAAUAUUUUGAUGUUCUAAUUUUAUUAAGAAUUAAAAUUAUAUAAUUUUUUUUUCGUACCACCUUACAUGUAUAAACAUAUUGUUCUAGUUUCUAGUCAGCGCGUGGAAAUAUUGUCUCUCCACCGUCUGUUUUUUCAUUUUAUUAUUAUUUUAUUUUAUAAUAGAUUUUUACAUGUCAUUACAAAAUUAAUAAAAAUAAAAUAUAUAUUGCCAUAUAAAUACUUUUU